AUGCCCUCCACACUAUACUCGGCGACAGCGCCGUCGAUCACACAGGAGUCCGUCGAGGGUGACACCAACUAUGUGGCGCCAACCUUCCCGAUCGGUCCCUUUGUGAAGCACGCCUCGAAUCCAAUCCUGACACCAAAUCCUAAAUAUGACUUCGAGUCGAGCUACUUGUACAAUGCGGCUGCCCUUGUUCUAGGUGGCAGAGUGUUUCUUCUUUACCGCGCACAAAACGAGGCAAAGGUCUCGACGAUUGGCUUGGCCUGGUCAGAUGAUGGCAUCCAUUUCACGCGGCUUGAUCACCCAGUUCUGACGCCAACAGAGGUCUAUGAACAAGGUGGCGGGGUGGAGGAUCCACGGGUGGUCCGCAUCGACGGCGUUGUAUAUAUGACUUAUACGGCGUACGACACAGAGACUGCCCGCCUAUGUCUCGCUACCUCCACGGACCUUGUCCAUUGGAAGAAGUUCCCUCCGUUAUGGCCUGACUGGGACGAAGUGGAAGUGAAACUGUCUGGACGUCAUGCCAUUCGACGAGGUUUCACAAAAGCCGCGUCCAUCUUCCCCGUCGCCGAUUCACGGGGCAAAUACAACAUGCUUUGGGGCGAGUCUUUUGUCUAUCGAGCCGAGAGUACGGAUCUGGUGAACUGGAAGACUCGACCUUUUGAGGAUUGGUUUGCGACUGGUGUGCACCUGUGGGAGAACCGGUUGCUGGAACCCGGGCCAUCGCCUGUCCAGACCAAGGACGGAAAAUGGAUCUUGAUUUACAACUCUGCCACGACUGGAGGUGACAGAUUUCGGAACAACCAAUACUCUAUUGGGCAGAUGCUGAUCGAUUAUGAGAAUCUGGAUCAAGGUCCGUUGGCCCGGCUGGAACAGCCGUGUUUGGAGGUCGAUCAGCAUAAUGAGAAAAGUGGCCAAGUGGAUCAGGUGGUGUUUUGUGAAGGCAUGGUGCAAUUUAAAGGGAGGUGGCUGUUAUAUUUCGGCCAAGGCGACAGCGAGUUGGGUGUGGCAACUGCGGAUGCAGUAUAG